UAUUUUCGCUCUCAAUUUCCCAUCUCGAUUUCAAAAACCUCUUUCCCAUUUCCCCCUUUUCCUCGUCAUAAACCCUAACCUAGCACAACCUACCAAAAUUCUUCAAGAAUCACUCAAAUCAAAGAAAUGGGUAUUCAUCUUCUACCCAUAUUCAUAUCCUUGUUGUUCACCACCCUGCAAUCAUCAUCAUCAGCAUCAUCACAGCAAUCGAUUUACGACGCCCUUAGUUCAAAUGGUCUCCCAAUCGGCCUCCUCCCGAAAGGAAUCACAAACUUUACAAUCGACCCAUCAACUCAACGAUUCGAAGUCCAUUUAAACAGAUCAUGCAAUACCAAAUUCGAAACCAGCGUUCGAUUCGAUUGGAACUUCUCCGGGUCUCUAAGCUAUGGCCAAAUCUCUAAUCUCUCCGGAAUCGCGGCUCAGGAUCUUUUCCUUUGGUUUCCUGUUCAAGGCAUUCGUGUAGACGUUCCUACGUCUGGUAUCAUUUACUUUGAUGUCGGUGUUGUGUUUAAGCAAUUUUCUCUCUCUUCGUUUGAAACCCCCAGAGAUUGUACCGAAUUUGACGACGUUGAUGCUUCCAGAACUGAACUAACUGUACUUAAGGACCAUACUCGUGGCUUUCAGGACAAAAGUGCAAAGCUUAUUAAGCAGCAUGGUGAGGGGGAUGAACAGAGGGCCAUUGCAUAACUUUUAGAACAAACAGUCAAAAGAUUUGAAGAGUGUCUGGAUCGAUAAUUCUAACUUGAGUUGGGUAUUGUUCGGUUUUAUUUCUGAGUGUAAAGUUGACAGAUUAGAAAUGAUUUGUGUAUGAUGUGUUUGUUCUUGAAUGACUUAGUAUGGUGGUAUACAUGUACAUGUAGUCAUGUGUUUUGUUUGAAGAUUGGGGUUAUGUAAUACAGUAUAUUAGUAAGUGAAUGGAAAAAAUAUAGAAUGCUAUUGGCUUUAUUGAA